AUGUGGCUCCAGGAGGGGCGCCUCAAGAAGUGGAGGAGACUGCCAUCGGGGGUGCUCACGGUCCACUCGGCUCCUGCCCGCUCGGGCGAGGCAGGCAGGCGAAUGCAGAGCUACGUUUCAGCUCUGUGCCCCAUGAGACUCCAAACUGCAAUUAAUGAGCAUCUUGGUGGCGCAGCUGAGCUGAAGCCUGAAGAGCUCCAGGUGGACAUUUGCAGACACCUUGUCAAAGAGAAUGCAGAGCUCCUGGAGAACUUGUACCAAACCACCAUCACGUACUUCUAUUGCAGCUGGGAAGAGAUCUGGGCAGUUGUAGCCACGUUAGCUGGCAUCAUCCUGGAACACACAGACACUCAGCGUAUGAAAUGGCUGGACCUCGAAUAUCUGCUGAUGUAGUUGAUGACUUUCUGGUAGAG